UGCUGGUGGUGAGCGGCCGCUCUCUGGAUCCGGCUGCUGCUUGACUCGGCGCUGCACCUGUUCCCACGCGUCCGUGCCACGUGGCUAUGUGCGGCGCUCUGCUGGCGCGCGCUGGCCUCUGACCGCGUUUCGCGCACGGGCGUCCUUUCCCGUUUCUUCCCAACACAACGCCCGCUGAAGCCAUGGCCUCUUCCGCAGCAGGCACAACGCUCGUCUCGGCGCCCGGCAAGGUCCUCGUAGCAGGCGGCUACUUGGUGCUAGACCCUGCGUACCCUGGCCUGGUGAUCGCGACCGACUCGCGCUUCUACACGCACGUCACGCCCGCCCAAGAUGCGCAAGAAGGGAGACAGCUCGUUCGUGUGCGCUCGCCGCAGUUCAUCGGCGCUCGAUGGGACUAUGUGGUCGCUGUGAAGCAAGACACGUGCUCGCUGCAGCAGACAAGCGAGACGCACGCGGCCGCCAACGCCGGCCCGAACCCGUUCAUCUCGCUCGCGGUGCUCUAUGCUCUGCGUCUGGCCGUCGAGGUGCGCGGCUCGGAGCACGUCGCUUCUGUGCUGGCGCCGCAUGGGCUCGACAUUGCCGUGCUGGCCGACAAUGACUUCUACUCGCAGCGGCAAGGGGCCAAGGCACCAUCACGCGACCAGCUGGCGGCCUUGCCGACGUUCCACGCGCAAGAGUGUGCCAUUCGCGACGUGCACAAGACGGGGCUCGGCAGCAGUGCAGCCAUGACUACCUCUCUCGUCGGUGCGCUCCUGCUUCACCUCGGCGCAGUCGGCGGCAGUAGCAGCAGCAGCAGCGAGCGGCAACUAUCGCAGGCCGACCUGGCGCUGGUGCACAACACGGCGCAGCUGGCGCACUGUGCUGCACAGGGCAAAGUCGGCAGCGGCUUUGAUGUCAGCUCGGCGGUGUGGGGAAGUCACCUGUAUCGACGCUUUGACCCGCUGGCGCUGCAGCCGCUGCUUGAUGCGGGAGAGAAGGUGGGCGUUGAGGGUGGCGAGACUUCCUCGAGCGCACCACCAGCGCUGCUGCCACAUCUCUCGCCCUCCAACGCGCUGUGGCAUCCGAGUCCGCUGAGCUCCGAGGCGGGCGCAGAAGGCAGCACGAACCCGACGGCCGUCGAGGGCUUGCACAGCGCCGAUCCGCAGGGCAGCAGUGACGGAGGCCUAGGCGUUGCGCGCCCGGCGCCGCUCGAGCUGCCGCCGCGGCUCGAGAUGGUGCUGGCCGACGUCGACACGGGCAGCAACACACCAAGUCUUGUCGGCAAGGUCAUGGCGUGGCGCAAGGCCAAGCCCGAGUGGGCCGCACAGCUGUACGCCGUCAUUGCUGCGUCUAACAGCUCGCUGGCAGACGCCCUGCUUGCGUUGCGAUUGGCCCAUGCGCAAGAUCCACAGGCGUACGAUGAGGCUGUGGAGAAUGCUGCCAAGCAUAAAGUCACCGAGUGGGAUUCCAUGCAGCGCGGCUCGUCGCCAAGCACCACCCUCGUGCUACUCAUCGAGGUGCGCAACGCUCUGCGCUCUAUCCGCGCCGGCAUGCGCGAGCUCGGCCAGCGCGCCGGCGCGCCCGUCGAGCCAGACGAGAUGGGCCGAGUGAUCCGCGCCAGCGUCGACGGCGCUCCGGGAGUGCUUGGCGGAGGCGUGCCUGGAGCCGGUGGCUUUGAUGCGCUCUACCUCCUCUACCUGCGUCCGGCAUCGGUGCCCGACUCGCAGCCGGCGCCCGCUCGCGUGGCCGUCGAGGCAGUCUGGGCCGACUGGACAGAGCUGUCCAUCGGUCCGCUGCUGAGCACAGCGGGCGGCUCAGCCGGCGUGGCUUCGAGCGCCGAGCAGCUCGACAGCGCCGCAGCACCCGCACAGCAGCACCCUGACCUGCCGCGAUUGCCGAGCAGCUCAACUCGCGACGGUGGCCUGCGCGUGGAGUCCGUGCAGGACGUCAAGGGUCUGCAAGCCGCUCUUGAUCGUCCGCAGCGCUGAAGCUCCGCGGCUUUUGACGGCCCUCGCCGCCGGGGACGAGGCCCUUGACGGGCGCCGCCAGAAUCUGUGCGGAAAUCGGCAGCACAGCACUUCUCGAAGAGGGCAGUG